UUUUAACAACUUUAUUACAUUAUACGCACUGAAAAAAAAUUAAUUCAUUUUUAAAAGCAAAUUUUAAUUACUUUCAUAUAAAACGAAGAAAUAAUUUUUUUUCCAUAAUAAAAUAGUGUGUUCAGUGAACAAUCCUUCAAAAACAGAAACAUUUUUAAUUAAGAAGAAUUGAUAAAUAAAGGAAAACAAUGUUAAAUGUCAUCCAUCAAGAAGCUGAAGAAAAAAUAUGUUAAUAAUUACUUGCCUACCUUAAAGAACAUUAGAAAAAGUCUAAUCUUGUAAAAGUAAUUAUUGAAAGACUUGGCAUAUUAUUUUCAUUACAAUACAGAAAUAUAAAUAAAUAUAAGAAAAUUAAAAUAAAUCAUCAAUUUCAUCACCUAAUUAUACUUCAUGGCUUGGUUAGGUUUUGGAGCUUUAGCUUCGGGCUUAGUCCUUCAAAAACUACUUGGAGGGGAUGCUCCACCAAAUAAAGUUCAAGAAAUUAAAAAUGAUGCGUUGGGAAUGAUGCAGGUAAUACAUAGGGAUGAAGCAAUGAUAUUAGUUGCUCCACCAAUAAAUCUACCAGCUGAUAAAAAACCUAUAUAUGAAAUUAUUUUACAAAGACCAUGUACUGAUUCAACAACAACCUCAUUUAGCUUAUAUCGUGCAGAAAGUCAAUCAGAUGCUGAAGAUAAAUUUCAUGCUUUCCUUCAUAGAUUGCCAAUUUUUGUAAAUAUAGUUAAAGAAUUUUAUAAUGUUGCCGGAAUACAAAAAAUUUGUGAUGUGUUAUCUGAAAACCCGUCAUGGUCUCUGGCACAUCUAGUGGCAUAUUUUAACUUAGUAGAAUACGUGUCGCACCCAAAAAUUUUAGAAUUUAUUGAAUAUGCAGAUCAUGAAAAUUUACUUUCACCAUUUCAACUGGCUGUGAAAUGUGGUAAUAUUGAAGUAGUGAAAGCUUUGUUACCGCUUUCCAAUAUUGAACAUUUAGAUAAAAACAGUAAUUCAGUGUAUCAUUAUGCUGCAAAUACAACGAAGGAUAUUGUAAAUAUUCUAACAGCUAAAAGUACCAAAAAUUUAAACCAUUUUAAUUCCGACGGUUUCACUCCAUUGCACUUAGCUUGUAUGUAUGACAAGCCUGAAUGCGUCAAAGCUUUACUUUUUAGUGGUGCUGAUACGAAUCUCAUAGCACAAAACCUUAAUAAACAAUAUAAAUCAACAACACCAAGUUCAAUCGCUGACUUUUUAAAAAGUAAUGCAAAUAAAUUAUACACCCAAGAUAUGAAGUAUGGUGGCACCCCAUUACAUUGGUGUUCUUCUCGAGGAACAUUGGAAGCUCUUAUAGAACGAGGAUGUGAUGUUAACGCAUUGAAUUUUGAUGGGAGGACAGCCUUGCAUAUAAUGGUGGCUCGAAAUAGGUUUGAGUGUGUGGUUACUUUAUUAGCUCACGAUGCUGAAGUGGAUGCCCUCGAUAAAGAUGGAAAUACUUCUUUACAUAUUGCUAUCGAAAAAAAACUUGUACCAAUUGUCCAAAGCUUAGUAGUUUUCGGAUGUGAUAUUAAUAUGAAGAAUAAAGAAGGAAAAACUCCAAGGCAUAUGGUUGGAGAUGAAGCUAAUGGAAGCAAAAGUGAUGAGAUAUUAUAUAUACUACACUCUGUUGGAGCUAAACGUUGUCCUGCAAAGACCAAAAAUUGCCAGCCUGGUUGUGUAAAUAAUGGAACAUACAAUGGUAUUCCACCAACAGCACCCGAGAGUGUUGAACAAAGAGAAGAAAUUCAGCAAAUGUUAGCUUCUACAUUUAGAAAUCAAUCAGGUCCUAGUAGUAAAAAUGGGCCUAGUUUAAGUGAAUUUCCUUCAACCACGAACGUAGUUGAUACAACACUAGAAGAACGAGGGCACAGUGUUAUGGAUGCUAUCCUAGGAAUGUUUUCUAGUAAAAUUGUAAAAGCAGAACCGUCUCCAGCUUCAUCUCAAAAAGAUUCACCGAAUUCUCCUACUAGCCAAAGUAGCAUUGAAAGCAACAGCAGUCAAAAACAACAAUUUAUGGAACUAGACGAAAAACCAAAAACUCACGGAGGGCGUCUAUUGUGUUUAGAUGGUGGUGGUAUACGUGGUUUAGUUUUAGUCCAAAUGUUACUCGAAAUUGAACGUCUUUCACAAACACCUAUAAUUCAUUUAUUCGAUUGGAUUGCCGGUACAAGUACUGGCGGAAUAUUAGCACUUGGUUUGGGGUGUGGGAAGACAAUGCGCCAAUGCAUGGGCAUUUAUAUGCGAAUGAAAGAACAUUGUUUCGUUGGUUCCAGGCCAUAUGCUAGCGAAUUAUUAGAAAAUGUACUUAAAGAAAAUUUAGGUGAAUUCACUGUUAUGGCAGAUAUCAAGCAUCCAAAAAUAAUGGUAUGUGGUGUAAUGGCCGAUCGAAAGCCGGUUGAUUUACAUCUCUUUAGAAACUACACAAGCGCAAGUGAUAUUUUAGGAAUAGUAACCCCAGACACUAACAGAAGAAUCCCACCACCUAAACCGGAAGAUCAAUUAAUUUGGAGAGCUGGAAGAGCAUCAGGGGCUGCUCCUUCAUAUUUCAGAGCAUUUGGACGAUUUUUAGAUGGAGGUUUAAUUGCAAAUAAUCCAACCUUAGACGCUCUAACGGAAAUUCAUGAAUACAACAUGGCUUUAAAAAGUAUUGGAAGAGAAUCUGAAGCAAAACCUGUAACAGUCGUUUGUUCUUUGGGUACUGGAUUGAUUCCCGUAACAGAGUUAAAAGAAAUAGAUGUUUUUAGACCAGAAAGUAUUUGGGAUACUGCAAAAUUGGCAUACGGAAUUUCUGCUAUUGGUAAUUUGCUUGUUGAUCAAGCAACCGCUUCUGAUGGUAGAGUAGUUGAUAGGGCAAGGGCUUGGUGUAGUAUGAUUGGAGUACCAUAUUAUAGAUUUAAUCCUCAGUUAAAUGAAGAUAUCGUAAUGGAUGAAAAAGAUGACCAAAAAUUAAUUAAUAUGCUCUGGCAAACCAAAGCAUAUAUUCAUGCUAAUCGUACGAAAAUAAUGGAAAUGAUAAAUUUAUUAAAAUAGCAGUUAAGAAAAAUUUAGAGAAACAUUUUUGAAUAAAACUAUUUUGAUAAAACUCUUUAGAUAAAAAACCAUAAGAAAAAUGUUUAUAUAAAAUUUUUAUUUAUAAUUUUUAU